GUUCCCUCUCUGUGAUUGUCAGUCUGCCGGCUUUUCUGUCUGCGAGUCGGCAGUGAUUAAUUCCCUAUAAACGGCCACUUACAAAGGCCUUGGUCAUGCCUCCCCUCAUCCUGACACUGCUAGAACUUGCAGCACUUACCUAUGUGAGUGGUGGGGCCUUCUACGGACACAAGCCACACCCUCAGCAAUACCAACCAGCGCAACACCACCAACAACACAUGGGCAUGGGAAAAGAGGGCUUUCCACAGCAACAGUUCAUUGGCAAAGAGAUUCCUUAUAUGCAGUAUCCACAUUACAGGAAGGAGCUACCCCAGAUGCCCAUGUUCAAGGGCAAGGAAAAUGCUCGUAAGGGAGGCAGAUAUAAUGGUGGUCAAGACAAAGGUCAGACAAUCCCUAGUGGAGCUGAGGGAAUUCCUCAGGGACAGCCAGGUCCAGACGGGCCACCUGGACCAGAGGGACCCCAAGGACCUCCUGGACCUCCAGGAAAUGAACAACCAGGACCUGCUGGGCAACCCGGACCCGCUGGACCACCAGGAGUGCCUGGAAUUGGAAAACCAGGUUUACCAGGACUUCCAGGCAAGCCUGGAGGAAACAGUGAGCCAGGGCCACAAGGAGAAAUGGGUCCUAGGGGUGAGGAAGGGCCAUCUGGACAGCCAGGGCCUCAGGGUCCUCCAGGACCCCCUGGGUUACCAGGAAUAGGUAAACCAGGGGUACAGGGAUUACCUGGUCAGCCAGGGAUGAAAGGAGAGCCAGGUCACAAAGGAUUGCCAGGACUACCCGGACUACCUGGAUCCAAAGGAGAUAAAGGAAUGGGCCUGCCAGGCCAACCAGGUCACAAAGGUCUCCCAGGACCCCUGGGACCUGCUGGUCCAAGAGGACUGCCUGGUUCUGGGAAGCCUGGUCUGAAUGGGGCACCAGGCAUACAAGGCCCACCAGGAGAGAAAGGACAUCCUGGAGAGCAAGGACCAGCUGGGCUACCAGGUGAAGGAGGGCGACCUGGCCCGCCAGGACUGCCGGGUCAAGGAAAACCAGGUCAAAAUGGCCUGCCAGGACAGCCAGGUAUACCAGGACCAAAAGGACAUCCAGGACCACCAGGUUUGCCAGGAAAGCCAGGACUGCCUGGAUUUGGUAAACCAGGGCUCCCAGGCCCCAAGGGUGAUAAAGGUAUGGGUGGACCUCUUGGGUCACCAGGAGCAAAAGGAGAUAAAGGACAUGGAGGACUCUCUGGAAUGCCUGGACCCCCUGGUCCAAAUGGCCCACCAGGUACUUCAGGCCCCAUGGGACCCCCAGGAGGAUUAGGUGCCCCUGGUCCUAAAGGAGACUGUGGAGAAGGAGGACCUAAAGGGCUUGAUGGAGCCCAGGGAGAACCUGGUUUUCCUGGGAUAUCUGGUAAAGAUGGUCUUCCAGGAGAAAGAGGAGAACCAGGACCAAGAGGUCCCCCAGGACUGAAUGGUGCUAAAGGAGAUGAUGGCCAUAAAGGUCUACCUGGUACCCCUGGUCCUGCAGGACUUCCUGGGCCAAAAGGACAAGGUGGGUUACCUGGUGAAGUGGGACCUCAGGGGCCCAAAGGAAUCCCAGGAAUGGACGGUGCAGCUGGGCCAAUUGGUCUCCUUGGUCUUCCAGGACCAAAAGGAGAUAGUGGUCAACCUGGUUUACCAGGAAUUGCAGGUGAGGGGAGAAUAGGUAUUUCUGGUCCCAUAGGACCCCAAGGAACAGAGGGCCCACCUGGGUUACCAGGUCAGGCCGGCCCUCCUGGACCACCGGGUCCACCUGGAGUACCUGGCCUGUCACCUGACAUGGCUGGAGUACUCUCUCAGAUGGGCCCUGGACUAGAUGGUGUUAAGGCAGGUGGUUAUGGUAAAAAGGGCAAGUAUGAAGGCAAUGGGGCAGAAGUAAUGGGUGUCAGUGGGUUGGAAAUGCCAGCAUUUACAGCCAUAGCAACAACUCCCUUCCCACCUGUGGGUACUCCAGUUGUCUUUGACAAGACCUUAUACAAUGGUCGCCAAAACUACAACCCUCAAACAGGGAUUUUCACCUGUGACAUGCCAGGCAUUUAUUACUUUGCCUACCAUGUCCAUUGCAAAGGAGCUAAUGUGUGGGUGGCUUUGAUGAGGAAUGAUGAACCAGUCAUGUAUACAUAUGAUGAAUACAAAAAGGGUGUCCUAGACCAAGCAUCAGGGAGUGCAGUAUUACCUCUCCAACCUGGAGACACUGUUUAUAUUCAGCUACCCUCAGAUCAGGCCUCAGGACUUUAUGCUGGGCAGUACGUGCACUCCUCCUUUUCUGGGUAUUUGUUAUAUCCGAUGUAACACCAUUCAUUGUAGGGAGUCAGAGAAACUUCAGUGAGAAUAAAAUAGAUGCAUUUUUUAACAUAAAACAAGACCAUAAAUUAAUUUAGACUGGGCAGUCUUUUUAAUGUAAAAUGAAAAGGCAACAACAUAAAUCUGAGGAUAAGAAAGUAUUCCAAGAGAAAUAUUAAAGAUGGUGGUCUGGAUAUAGAGAAGCUAUCAUAUAAACCCUAGAAGAAGCUGUUUAAAUGAGAAAACAAAGAUGUAGUAUUUACAGGCCUUCAGACAAAAGAAUGGAGAAAAAGGCAAAGACCAGGCAAAGAUGGUACCAGUUGUAUUUUUAUACAAAGGAGAGAAAUUAAGUGCAAUUUCUUAUUAAGAAGAAAAUGAGCAAAGGAAUGGAAAAGAAGAUAGAACAAACUUUACAAUUCUAGUUACACUAUUGUAACAGUUUUUGUACAGCACCUCUUCAAAACGGGCAGCUACCCCAUGUGGUAAGAAUGUGAAAUGCAGUAGAAAACACAAAGACAUUCUGGUAACAAAUUUCUUUUUUUUUUUUUCAUGGGGAAAACCGUCUCCUAAUUGUUAACAAGCAUGUAGAUACUUUUUGAAAAAGCCAGCACAGAUCAGAUCAUGAAAAGAUUUGCAGUUUAGAGGUGAAAUGAAUUUCUGGUUUUAUAACAAAUGGUGGAGUUUUGUAAUUUUGUAAUUAGAUUAAUUGUAUACAAUCCUAUUCUGAUGUUCUCAAAAUUCAUCAGGCUUUCCAUUGGAUUACAUUGAAUAAAUAAAAUACAGCAAAAUACAGGUGAAAGUAAUCAUAUAUGCUUUCACUCCAUGUGUGAAGGCAGUAUAGGGGCAACUGGUGGUCAUUUGUGGGAGCACACAAAUAUUAGAUGGUUAUUUUAUGGGCAUGUUACCUUUUGAUGACUGACAAUUGCUCCCAUGAGUGAGAAUCAAAAAGAAAUAAGAAUGUAAUGUUGAUUUUAUGUUUUUGCAUAUACUGGAUGUAGUAGCUGUAAAAAUAAUUAUAUUUAUGUUUAAAAAAAAAAAGUUCAAACAAGUUCAUAAAUUUCCCUUCACCAAUGAAAACCACUUUUUUCACAACUUAUAACAACAUGGUAAAUAUGAGAAAUUAUAGAUCUGUAAACAUGUACAAUGCUGCAGUUAUAACAACAAUGUAUUCAAUCCUGCUGUGGUUAUGGAUUUGACUAGUUUAAUUUCAUACCAAACGAGAAUCUCUUCAGAAAUGCAGUUUUUAUAAUUUAUAGUUUUUUAUUAUUAUUAUUAUUCCAAAAAAACUGUUAAUAUACAUAAGAGUCAUUUGUGGAAAACUAAUAUUGGACUAUACAUUUGAAGUGAAACUUUUUAACAAUGACUUUGCAUUCAACAAUAAUUCAUGUGAUAUGUUUAGAAGUAAUAUAACUAAACAAGCUUCCACAAUAUCUUUGUUGUGCCUUAUUUAAUGUGCUGUUUCUUUGUGGUGAGGUUUGUGGAGAAAAUGCUUAAGUCUGCAUUACAGUUAAUGGAAAUUUCAGCAAUUCAUACCAACAACUGUGUCAAUAAUUUAUUAUUUUAUCUGCUGAUCACCUAUAUGCUAAAAAUGGACAUCAAGUAAAAGUGUUUUUAAAGGGAAAAGCGUAUUUACUUUUUUUUAACCAUGGUGCUAAUAUUUUCAGUGUAACCAGUGAAUGUAUGUCUUUAUGUUUAAUGUUUAUUGUUAUUGUCUGUUGUUGUUUUUCUUAAUAAAAAUUG